AUGAUCGUAUCUGUGAGGCUUCUUCGCCUCAGGAAGAGGCUGGCUAGCUUCUACAAUGUCAGUACUCAAGUGGAAAUAUUGACCAAGAAGUGAGUAUGAAUAACUAGCUCUCUAAUUUUUGCUAGAAAUGCUAAAUGAGAAGCCGAUGAUGCUUAUGAUGCAUCCAGGAAAUUCUUGUUGGGUAAUCUUGCCCAAAUGAAGUAUUUGAUUCCUGAAGCCAUUUCUGCUGAGAAGAUCCUCGUUCAUGACGAGUCAAGCCUCUGCAUGAAGCCGGAUCUUAAGAUUUUUUUAACAGUGGAUGCUGUCAAGAGCUUAUGGAGCUUGCAGCAAGCCUCAAAUGCCAACUUGUGCCAAUUUUUUCGAGCCAGACUCCUGGAUUUCAUAAAUUCGCACCCAGAGGUAUUGACUUUCAUAUUCCCCUUUUAUCGUUCGGUGGAAUAGAUUUCAUUUUACUCUCAAACUUUGGGAACAGGAUGCUGAUAUUCCAGAGGCGCCUCUACCGGAUACAUCAAGCCACAAAAACUUUGAGAAGUCUUCCAGUCAGCUGCCCGUGGCAUCACCCGUUGACCAAAUCCAGUUGGUUUCUGCUGAUGAGAAUCCUUCACCAUUGGGUGUUGCAUCUCACUUUUCCCCGUCUUUCAGCAGAUACCUUUCCCAGAAAGUUCUCGACCCUGAUGAGCGAAUGGCCGAGCCAUGUUCUUCCUCCGUGUCAAGGAUCUCUGAUAUCGCAGUACGUGAAAGCAAUGAGGAUCCCGAAACUCAUCUGAAGGACGGUUCCCGUUCCUUCUCUCACAAGGCAUGCCCUACUGAAGACAUAUCAAGCCCCAUGAAGCUCAUUUCAGAGAAGUGUGAAACCUCAGUCAACGUCAGUCAACUUGAUGACAAGACCCCUGUGAAACCGAUCUCGAUGCCGGUCAAACUGAUGACAGAGACGCCGGUGCUGUCAACGCCUAAAAGACCAGUAGGCACCCCCGAUGUGAAGUUAACCAGUCAAACUGUGACGCCAGGUCUUUCUGCCCGUAGAGCCUUACUCUACUCUCCUUCAAAAUCUGAUGAAGAAGGGUCAUCUCUUCAGGCCGACGGCAGUCGAGAAACCAGAAGAUGCCAUGCUGCUGAUGUACGAUUCGUAUGCUUCCCUGGCUUGGUGACCGACUUUUGCACGGGACAUUAUCCGAUUUAGUUUACCCGUAAAGUUGACUUUUUCUUGUCUUGGGAGAUCUUUCUUUCUUCCCCCCGUCGAGAACCUUGACUUUUCUUGUCCACCGGGUUCAGAAGAUUGCAGCAUGCACUGGGGAGCAUGUUGACCUUGGAUCAAGUGGCAGGCGAGCUCUGGCGUCUCUGCCAGAUACAUUUGACACCAUCACCUUCGUCUUCGGUGGGUCAAACUCAUCCUCAAUCACAAAGCAGGAGCUCGUGCACAAGAUCAUCUCCUACAACUUAAACGUAGAGGAUCGACGUAGAUAAUCUUUUCUUGGACCCUCUCUCUCUCUCUCUCUCUCUCUCUCUCUCUCUCUCUCUCUCUCUCUCUCUCUCUCGCUCUAACUCUCUCAUGGUGACAGGCGAAGUGGAGGAGCAGCUUAGCUUGUUGGAGGAGCUGGUACCAGAUUGGAUUUGCAGCAAGAUGAUUUCCACAGGAGACUUAAUGUACUGGUGAGUGGGUGGGUCUCCCACAGACAAUUUACGGCGGGAGAUUCUGUAAAUUUUUAUGAUGAAGAUCCCACUAGUCCUCUCUCGUACUGAUGAUAAUAAUUAAUUUCUAUGAUUUUCCCUACCCAUGCAGCAUCUCGAGGGCAUCUGAUCCGAAAAGUGUCCGAGCGAGGCUCGUUGAAGCUCUAUGA